UACAGAACACCUUGUAAUACUGAGAAGUUCGGAAUCAUAUAAAUACAUAUCCUUACAUAUUGUGAAAACAUGUAUUCUAAAAAUGCAAAGAUGUCCGGUUGGUCCUCAUCAAGAUUCGAUAUAUACAAAAUAGACAAUGCCGGAAAAGGAGACACCGAUUUUUCUGAUAAGUCUUGGAGCUUCUUAAGCCCGGACCGCAAAAGUCUAGGUUGGAGUGACACCGUUGCCAGCGAUCCUUAUGAUCGCUAUGGAUUGGAAAGUGAGACAUCGAUCGCAACUGGCGACGUACGCAAUCCCAAGGAUUGCAACAAGUUACCUUUCGGUUGGAUAGAGCGCAUAGCACCCAAAACUAAGGAAUGCUAUUUCUAUGACCAAACUAACCGAAAGGUAUAUUACACAUUGCCUCCGAAGGACUGCAGAGAAGUUGAGAGAGUCGGCUGGAACGGCGUUGCCGGAAAAUAUCAUGAAUGCAAUUAUCGAUACAUUCUUCGAUGCAGGCACAUAUUGGUGAAGCACAAUGAAUCAGAUAGAUGCAGCUCAUAUCGUACGCGUCUGAUGAAAAGAACUAAGGAAGAAGCCUUACAUAAGAUUACGCAGGCCCGGGAUCUAAUAUCAACCGGCAAAGUAGGGUUUGCUGAAUUGGCUAAAGGGAUCUCAGAUUGCUGUUCUGCUCGACACGGCGGUGACUUGGGCCCCCUUAAACUUACGCAAACGUCUUACGGCUUCGAGAAAAAACUUGUGCGCCUAAAGAUCAAUGAGCUAUCGGAUAUUUUUGAGACAAAGGCAGGAUAUCACAUUUUGUUGCGGACGGCAGUAAAUAACGAGAAAAGAGAGUUCUGGACAAAACACAGGCACCUUAAAAAUAAAAAAGGUUCUAUCGGUAAAGAUAAAUUUAAAACCUACAAAAAAGGAACCCAGCAAUUUUCCAGAUUUGUGGACCAAUGGGAACCAGGAAUAUACAACUUGCUUGGUCAGAGACAUACGAUCCGAGAUUCGGAAAGUAAUUUCAGUCAUUCCAGUAGUAUAUUAUGCAAAGAACCAAGUCUGCCUUUUGUGUCUGAUUCCGCAGAGAAGAGUAAAUUGAACAAAUUGAGAUUGUACACUCAACAGAAGCAUUUAAUAAGAAAGAAAAUAAUUCAGCAAAGGUUGGAUAAGUCCGUGACCCUUGGAGAAUUCCUCAAAUCAAUCGAAACUGAUGGUCUGGGUAACAGUGUCGUCAAGGAUCAUAAAUUGAAAAAAGAUUUAUUUAUUAAGAAGGGCAUCGAUCCAAAAAUGUAUAAAAGAAAAAGGUAAAAAGUUGUCUAUGAACAGUAUAAACGAUCAAAUUAAAUUAUUGAACAAAGCAUGUUAAACAAAACUGAACAAAAAAAUUUUUAUAAACCCAAAACACAGGUUAAAAUUUUGGAAAGAACUAAAAUCUUUUUAGUUAAACUACAGCUUGGCAUCUGACAAACAUGUG